GUGUGAAAGCGCUCCUUCCACGAACAAAAAAAAAAAAAAGCUCUACAGUCUGUUUUUUCCUUCGCCUUCUCUUUCUCCUCUUUCUCUCUCUUGCCGUGGAAUUUUAGGGUUUUUUUGGGGUCUUCUCACUCUUCUACUUCCUCCUCCCAUCACUUCAACCUUUUUUUUUUCUGACGGGUUUUGCUUUCCAAUGUCUGUUAAUUACUUGAAGUUCUUUUGUCGGUGCAACAACUUCCAGUUCUUCGGGCUAUUUCUGCUGAUUGGUGGUUUUGUGCUUUCAAUUGAGUUGAAAUAGUGGGGUUUCUUUGUUCAUCGAAGCCCUUUGUGCUUGUGGCUAUGGCACCGAGUCGAAGAAAAGGUGCCGGUAAAGCCGCUAUUGCUGCCGCCUCGCGCCGGCAGUGGAAAGUUGGGGAUCUUGUACUGGCUAAAGUGAAAGGAUUCCCUGCUUGGCCUGCUACGGUGAGCGAGCCAGAGAAAUGGGGUUAUUCAACCGAUUGGAAGAAAGUUCUUGUCUAUUUCUUUGGAACCCAGCAGAUAGCUUUUUGUAAUCCUGCUGAUGUUGAGGCAUUUACUGAAGAAAAGAAGCAAUCUCUUUUGGUUAAACGUCAAGGAAAGGGAGCUGAUUUUGUUCGUGCCGUACAGGAAAUCAUUGAUUGUCAUGAGAAGUUAAAAGAAUGUGAUAAUAAUGAUGAGAUAAUCUCAUCUGAUGAUUUAGCUCGAGUAAAUGGGGGCAGUGUUGUAGAUUCAUCUGCCAACGUGGGAUCAAAAGAUGAAACAGAAGCUCCUGUAGCAAAUAAUGACAAUCUGCAGUCAAAUAAUUCACUUUCUUCUAGAGACACGAGUGAACCAGCUCUUCCUUUAAAAUUUGUUUUGGCUGGUGCACAAGGUAAUUCUUUGCUUGAUAACAUGGCUCGACGGGAUCAAUCUACUGAUGCCGAUGCUUCUGAGCAACCCUUUCCUGCUUGUACGUCCUCAAGGAAAAGGUCAGGCGGAACAAGAUUAAAAAGCUCUGUCACAAAGAGAAAUGUAUCUGUUCAAAGAUCUAGAAGCUCAUCUAGGAUGGAAUCACGCAGGUUACAACACUUGGCAAUCCCAUUUAGUAGUGGAGACAUAGUGGCCAAUAACAUUCCUGAAGUGUUAUUGAGACGGAAUAAGCGAAACAGAAAAUCACCUGAUGGAUCUGACUGUGAUGAUGCAACUUCAGAAGCUUUAAUUUCAAAUGUUAGCAUUGAAGACAAUGCUUCUGAGAUUGUUACAGCUGACUCUGAUACAUAUAGCCUUAAUGAAUGCAGCACUAUUGAUUCUGGGUGUAAAUUUGAACACUCUGAGACAGCUGUGGAGUGUUUGGAGAGAGAUGUGGAGUUUGGCAAAGGACUUGAUCUUCACAUAAAGGCUGUUGUCAUCAAGAAGAAAAGGAAGCCAAUGAGAAAACGAGUGAUCAAUGAUGCAUCUGAGGAUAAUGGAGGUGCUCAAGACAAGGAGGAGAUUUUAGAAGCUGUUGUGGAUAACUCAAAUCAAUGUUUACAAAAUGGUUGUGAAAAUAAGACAGAAAGAUGUUCCAAAGAAAAUGGUGAUGAACAUCUUCCAUUAGUGAAACGAGCAAGAGUUCGGAUGAGUGAAGUAUCAUCUUCAGAAGACUGUAAAAGACAUUCAGAUACAGAAGAACAGAAUCAAAAGAAAGCAGUACCUUUCAAUCUUUCUGGAAAAGUCAGCUGUUAUUCAAACUCUGCUGAUGGUAGUAAUGAUAGAGUCUUGGAUACAGCAAAUGGUGUUCCCAAUUACACAUCACCUUCUAAGGUUUGCACUCAAUUCUCUGCAAAUUGGUCUCAGCUUUGUAAUUAUAAGAAAGACCAAUCGUUUUGUUGCUCAGUUGAUGGAGAAUCUGUUUUACCACCAUCAAAACGCCUCCACCGUGCUUUGGAGGCUAUGUCAGCUAAUGUGGCUGAAGAAGAUCAGGCCGCUGCUGAAACUGCUGUAUCAACACGAACUUCUACGAACGGGUGCCCCAUAAGUUCUACAUGUAGUUCGUCUCAUGUCCAAAUAGAAAUCAAAGAUGGCAAUUGCUUAGGGCUGCAGGGCAGAACUUUUCAUGACGAUCCCUCUGAAUUGAAAGAUGAGCGAUUCUCUACCAAUGUGAAUCAAACGAUCACUGAGGAAAAUGGAAAAACACCUCUAAUAGUAGACUUUGAUCAUCAAGCAGAUCAAAAUUCACAGAAUCAACAACAUGAUUUCAAGGAUGAUGUUAUAUUGGAAGGUGGAGGAAAGCAUAUUGUUGUUGCAGAUCAUAUUGAUUCUCAAUUAGGUUGUCAUUCAGAUAGAACGGUAGUUCAUAUGAACAGUGUGAAAAAGGAGUCUCCUAGAGAAUUGGCUGAUAUUAGAUCUAUUUGUGGUGAAAUGGAUCAGUUACUUCCUUUGGAAGGCAAAAGCAACACUGAUAUUGCUGGUCCACUUAUUGUUGUAUCUGCAAAUCCUGACAAAGAUUUGGAAUGUUCAGAGAACAGUAGGAUGGACUGUGAACUUGUUGCUGGUUCCCAUGAUAUUGGUAAGCUUUCACAUCAGAAUGGAUCUGAUGAAGUGAAGGGUUGUGCAGAUGACAUCAUGAUUGCUAAGUCCCCGAAGCCUGCAGUUGCUGAAAAUUGUGAAGAGAACAUUCUUGAUGUGAAAGAGGUGAAUGGUAGAUCUCCCUUUUCUGUUGAGCAUAUUAUUCAGAAAGAUGUGUCAGAAGUACGGUGCAGUCUGUCUGUUGCAGGCACAGACGAUUCUCUUACAAUGGAUUCAGUUGAUCCUGUUUCUAUUUCAGAUAGGCGUAGUCUUCUACAAAAUAAUAUCAGUUUUAGUCCUAAUUUUCAUAAGAAAAGUUUGGGUACCCUUUUGGAGGAAGUUAAACUUGAAUCUCCGGUGUCUCUAAAAUUAAAACCCAAGGAUGUUGAAGCGCGUGCUGCUCUUUCAUCCUUUGAAGCUAUGCUUGGGAACUUGACUAGAACAAAAGAUAGCAUUGGUCGAGCGACACGCGUAGCUAUUGAAUGUGCGAAGUUUGGUUUUGGCCCUAAGGUGGUCGAAGUCCUCACUCGAACUCUAGACACGGAAUCAAGCUUACAUAAAAAGUUGGAUCUGUUCUUUCUUAUUGAUUCAAUCACUCAGAGCUCUCAGAACCUAAAAGGCAAUGUUGCUGACAUUUACCCACCAGCCAUCCAGUUGGUGCUCUCACGACUCCUGGCUGCUGUUGCUCCUCCAGGAAGCAAUGCACAGGAAAAUCGUAAACAGUGCAUCAAGGUUUUAAGGCUUUGGUCACAGAGAGGGGUCCUUCCAGAACCAAUAGUUCGUCAUCAUAUGCGAGAACUGGAGUCACUCAGUGGCUCAUCAUCCGUUGGUGCCUACUCUCGGCGUUCAUCCAGAACAGAAAGGUCAUUAGACGAUCCUCUCAGGGAAAUGGAAGGGAUGCUUGUGGAUGAAUAUGGAAGCAAUUCGAGUUUUCAAAUCCCUGGUUUCUCCAUGCCUCGAAUGCUUAAGGACGAAGAUGAGGGAAGUGAUUCUGAUGGAGGGAGUUUUGAGGCUGUUACUCCUGAGCACACAUCUCAAGCUUGUGAAGAAUUUGAGUCUGUUCCCGUUAUGGAGAAACGUAGGCAUAUUCUGGAAGAUGUUGAUGGUGAGCUUGAAAUGGAAGAUGUUGCUCCCCCUUGUGAAGUUGAAAUUAGUUCAUCUAAUUCCGUAGUUGUUAAUGCUAUUGAGGCUGUGGAUAAUAAGUUUGAGCAACAUUUUCCUCCGCCCAUGGCUCCUCCACUACCUCAGGAUGUGCCACCAUCGUGCCCACCACUUCCAUCAUCCCCUCCUCCCCAGCCUCCACCUUUGCCCCCAUCAUUCUCCAGGAGUGAUUCAUGUGUCAGUGAUUUUGAGUUGGACCGCUCCUUUAGGGAGACAAACAGUGUUCAAGAUAAUUUGAUGCAACCGGUGGCUCAAUCGUCAAAUGCAUCUGGGACUACUCAAAGAACAGCUGACACAGUACAUUACCCUGCUUCAUCGAAUGCAUCUGGGAUUACUCAAAGAACAAGUGAUGCUGGGCAGUACCCUGCUUCAGAACGUCGGGAUCUUCAGAUGCAGAUGCCAGAAUCUACUUCCCGUUCUUACAGUAAUAUGCCUGGUAGAGUAUUGAACAAUGGCCAGCGUGAUGAUUCUACUGCAUUGCACAAUAAAGGAUACCCCUUAAGACCACCCCAUCCUCCUCCACCACAAGAUCAUUUUACUUAUGUCCAUGGAGACCAUCGUAUGAAGCCUCGGUGGGAGGACCCACCUGCUUCUUAUUCAAGUAGAUUCCGUUAUGCAGACGACCCAGAUGGUGAAUGCUUCUACAAUGACCAUGAAAGAAUGAGACAUUACUCCUAUGAACCUCAUGAUAACUGGAGGGUUCCACGACCUUUCUACGGUUCUCGGUAUCAUGAUAGAGGUAGAACAUCCUAUGGCCCUGUUUCUUGUGGUGGAACUCCAUGUGAACCAACAUCACAUAGCCAGAGGUGGAGAUUUCCCUCUCGAGAUAUGAACAGUAGAAACUCCAUGCCGUAUAGACAACCUUAUGAAGGCCCCGUACGUGUUUCAAAUCGAGGUAGAAAUGAUUUUUUAGCUUACUCCUUGAGACGUUGGCACGGUUCUACAAAGGUGCAAACGGUAUCAGAAUCCAUGUGUGCCAAUAGUGUACAUAGAACCCCAAUCUUCUUUUUUCUUCUUCUUCUUCAAAAUCUAAAAGGAAUGGGGGCGUCUCAAUCAGUUUCCGAGAAAUCCAUCCAUGAGUUCACUGUCAAGGAUUUUAGAGGCAAAGACGUAAACCUCAAUGUCUAUAAGGGGAAAGUUCUUCUUGUGGUUAAUGUUGCGUCUAAAUGUGGGUUUACGGAUUCGAAUUACACACAGUUGACUGAGCUUUACAAUCGAUACAAGGAUCAAGAUUUUGAAAUACUGGCAUUUCCAUGCAAUCAGUUUCUGAAGCAAGAGCCUGGAACGAGCGAGGAUGCUCAAGAAUUUGCUUGUACAAGGUAUAAGGCAGAAUAUCCAAUCUUCCAAAAGGUACGAGUGAAUGGUCCAGACACGGUGCCUGUUUAUAAGUUCCUCAAAGCAACUAGCAAUGGGUUCUUAGGCUCCCGGAUAAAGUGGAAUUUCACCAAGUUCUUGGUAGAUAAGGAAGGGGUUGUCAUCAACCGCUACGGUCCAACCACCAAUCCAUUGGCAAUUGAGGUUGACGUCAAAAAAGCGUUGGGAAUUGCUUCAGUUCCAGCUGAUCUUUGACCUUGUACUCUAAUGUAAGUUCAUGAAUUAAAUUAAUUGAAUACAUCAAUAGAAUAUAACUAAAAUGGUAAAGAUCCUUUCAAAAAAGGAAAAAAAAAUGGUGAAUAUGUUCUUUGGCUGUGAUUAUUGUAUAAACAGUAAUAAUCCAAGGGGUGUGUGUGCGCGUGUUCUUUUUCUCUUGAAUUUGGAGGGAAUGUAAGUAGUAGCUGUUCUUUGGGUUGUGUAAUAUUAUUGGAGACUGUUAUUUGGUAUGUAUAUUUAUUUAAUUGGUAUUAGCCUUUUGGA